AAGUAGUGAUAUAAAAGUUUUUAUCGCUCUGAGACCGUGAUGUGGAUAUGUGUUUGUUGAAAACAGGAAGUCAUUUGCUUCGGCGUCUUUUCUUUCUUUCUUUCUUUUUUUUUUUAUAAGCCACGCAGUCGGGGUUAGAGUUCAGUAAAUAUUGAUGAUGUCAUCGUGCGAAGAUGGCUGAAGGAGAAGGCUGGUGGGGAGGCUGGUUUCAGCAAAGCUUCCAGGCCGUCAAAGAAAAGUCAACUGAGGCUAUAGAAUUCCUAAAGCGGGACCUGACUGAGUUCUCCACUGUGGUGCAGCAUGAUACGGCCUGCUCAAUUGUGGCCACGGCCACUGCUGUUAGAAACAAACUUGCAGUGGAAAGUUCCUCUGAGACUACAGAAAAAGUGAAGAAGAGCCUGUCUAGUUUCUUAGGCGUGAUAACAGACACGCUUGCUCCACCUCCUGAUAAAACCAUUGACUGUGAUGUAAUCACACUGGUGGCAACACCAGCAGGAACCACAGAAGUUUACGACAGUUCAAAGGCGCGUCUCUACAGUUUGCAAGCCGACCCUGCGACGUACUGCAACGAGCCCGAUGGUCCCCCUGAACAGUUUGAGAGCUGGCUGUCCAGCUUCAGCCUGGAAGAUAAGAAAGGAGAAAUCUCUGAGCUUUUGGUCAACAGUCCUUCUAUACGAGCCCUUUAUACCAAAAUGGUGCCAGCAGCUGUAGCACAUUCGGAGUUCUGGCAGAGGUAUUUCUACAAAGUCUUCCAGCUGGAUCAGGAGGAGGCGAGGAGAUUGGCUCUGAAGCAGAGAGCAGAGCAGAGUGCACACACAGAGACGCUGGGCUGGGAAGAAGAGGAGGAAGAUGACUUCCUCGGAGCCACGUCGUCAUCUCAUCAGCUCAGCCUCACACCCCGGUUGGACAGCGGUUCAGCCCAACCGCCCGGCACCCUGACAGCUCCCGCAGGGGCAUCUGUGCUGAGCCCCGUCCUGUCUCCAAGCGAAGAGCGUGAAACCACCUACUCGGUCAGCAGCGACAGCGUCAGUCUGCCAACGCAGGUAGAAGUGCGGCCAGAGCUCGUGACCACAGAGCUGGCUGAGAAACUGACAGAGGCUAGCUUGGAGGAUGUUGUGGACAAGACACAAGAAGAGCAGAGACCUGGAAACAGUGACUUAGCUCCUGAGGCUCAAGUGGAGGCUGUUACCCAGGCAGAGGGCGCUGCUGAUGGGGUGUCAGUGCGAGCUCCAACCUCGAAGCCUGAAAACUCUAAAGAAGACGGAGUGCAGGACCUGAGAGUUUUUGAGCUCAACUCCGACAGCGGGAAAUCGACGCCCUCCAACAACGGCAAGAAAGGCUCGAGCACCGACGUGAGCGAGGACUGGGAGAAAGACUUUGACCUGGACAUGACGGAAGAAGAGGUCCAGCUGGCGCUCUCUAAAAUCGAUGCAUCUGGAGAGCUGGAUGAAGACUGGGAGAACUGGGACUGAGUGCCUCUCCCACCAUUAAAGCUGGUUCUGGGCAGACGAACCGUGCUCGAUGUGUUUUAACUCUUUGUCCACUCCGUCACCAUGUCAUGAUUGUCAGUAGGGGAUUUUUUCUAGCGGGUUUGGACCACAUUGGUAAACCUGUUGAAAAGUGCAACGGGAAGACCAAGGCAAUAAGAAUUAGACUGCGCCGGCAACUGUCAGAUUAGUGCAGAUGGGCCUCUAAGCGUGGGAAAUGACUCUUGGCUAUUUCUUGGAGUAGCUUCUCAUUUUAGAGAGCGUAUGACACUAGCGUAGGACAGGUUUUGAUCAUUCUGACCGUAAAGCUUAAGGACACGCAAGUGGUGAGUCAGAAUGUGAAGGGUUUCACUGCAGCAGCAGGGGAAGAGCUGUUUUCUUUAUUUUUAUCACAUUAAAUUCAUCACGUAUGCUGCGACUGUAUUUCCAGGCGAUGACUUAAACGCUGGCUGCAGAAUAGCCAUAAAGUGUAACGCUGCUUGUUUCCCUUCUAAGAUGAAACUUUUUUUUCUUUGAUUCAGUGAUGAUGAACGACUCUCUCAUCUGUUUUAUGUCAGGAAAUCUUCAAAAUGGAAAAAAAAUGUCCGCCCCCCCCCUCGGAUUACUUUUCAUUUUGGAUUCACUCCCAGCGGUAGAUUCAUGGCCUUGUAAAACACACAGCGCUGAGAUGAUUUUGUGACACCGUCUGAAA